UCAGAGCCAAUGUAAUUGCCGUGUUCUUUUUUUCUUUUCUUCUUUUUCCCUUUUAUCCUUACACCGAUUUUUUUUUAAAGGAAUGCCCCUAUUUCCUAUCAGAAAAGAAGGAAGCAGAAUUAAACAUUCAGUUUAAAUGAUUCACCUGGGGAGGACAAUUAAAACAAUGGGAGGCUACUUUGUACUUACUCUGUUUGUUUUUCUUUUUGAUGGUGUGGUUGGUGAUGAUGUGGUAACAAUGUCAGUGAUGGAAGGAGAUUCAGUUGCUUUGUACUCUGGUGUUACCAAACAACAACGUGACAAGAUGCUGUGGUAUAUUAAUGACACUCUGAUUGCGCUGAUCAAUGGAGAGCCCAGUAAGAGUUGUGUGUAUUAUGGUGAAGGUGAGAUUUUCAGAGACAGAUUGGAGGUGGACUAUGCAACUGGAUCUCUGACCAUCAAAAACAUCAGACCUGAACACACUGGACGUUAUGAAGCAAAUUUCAUCCAAAGCAAAAGCUCAGGAACCAGCCAAAGCUUGAACCGAAACCGCAAGUGUGACGGCACAAAAAUCAUCAAAAAAAUGAGCAACAUUGGCGACAGCGUAAAAACAUUCAGUGUUUCCGUCACUGCCUCUCUGUCUGGUCCGGACAAAGUCAAUGAAGAAUUGUUCAAUAUGGAGAAGGAACAAGAGUCUGAAAAGAAUUCAGUACCGUCUUUAAGUCUUGUAGCGGGAAUAUGUGCUGGUUUUGUUGUUCUGCUGCUAGCUGCAGCUGUUGUUGGUGUGAUUUACUAUCGUUUCAGGAGCUCUAAUAAGGGCAAGUAUAACCUACAGAUACUAUAG